AUGGAGUGGCAACCACAACCAGAGCCAUUGAGACAGCUUGCCUGCUGCCUGAGGGAUUCCUUGAACCCUUAUAACAAGACAGCUCAGAAGCAGGCUGAACAGAUGCUAGUGCAAGCGACUUCCUCGCCCGACUAUGUCAACUACCUCACAUUCCUGUUCUGCACCCCGCAAGACCCUUCGUCGCUCGGCAUGGAUGAAAAGACAUGCAACACGGUACGGGUUGCCGCCGCAAUGAACGUCAAAACGAAAAUCCGAAUGGCAUACCACACAAUUUCUCAACAAAGCAUGUCAUAUAUCCGUUCCGCCACUCUUAUCGGGCUCCGCGACAACAACCAGCAAGUGCGCGCUUCGGCGGGCAGCAUCAUCACGGAGCUGCUCCAGCAAGCGGGCCUGCUCGCAUGGCCGGAAGUACUGCAAGAACUAUUGGCACUCAUGGACAAUAGUUCGAGAGACGUUCCGCUUGUGACCCAGGAGGCCGCCAUGUCAGCUCUCGCCAAGGUCUGUGAGGACAACCACAAGAUCCUCGACAGGGACUAUGCUGGACAGCGUCCGCUGGAUGUGAUCCUUCCUAAACUUAUGGAGUUUACGUCUAAUGAAAGCCCUAAGGUCCGAGCCAUGGCGCUGGGUACCAUCCACAUUUUCCUUCCUCACCGACCUCAAGCUUUGGUCUCUUCGAUGGACCUCUUCCUCUCGCAGCUGUUCCAGUUAGCCAACGACGCCAGCACAGACGUGCGGCGCACUGUGUGCCAGACCUUUGCGCAGCUCGUGGACUUCGCUCCGGAGAAAUUGAUUCCCCACAUGGAAGGCUUGGUCAGCUACAUCAUCUUGCAGCAGCGCAACCAGGAGGAUCCGGAACUUGCUCUUGAUGCAGCCGAAUUCUGGCUGGUCGCUGGUGAGCAGGCGAGACUGCAACAACCCUUGGCACCGCAUAUGCCUCGAAUUGUCCCCGUUCUUCUGGAGAGCAUGGUGUACGACGAGGAUGAGGUGAUUCGCUUGAUGGGUGAAGCAGACGACGCCGAUGUUGAAGACCGCGAGGAGGAAAUCAGACCCCAGUUUGCCAAAUCGAAAGCCUCCAGGUUGGACCCUUCGAAACAACCGGAUGGGCAGGAAAAUGGCAAUGCCCCCGAGGACGACGACGAUGACGACCUGAGCGAUGGAGAGAUUGAGGAGUCAGAAUUUGGUGAUGACCCAGAAGAUGAGUGGACGUUGAGAAAGUGCUCUGCUGCAGCGCUGGACGUCUUCUCGAACGUCUACCACGAGCCCAUCUUCGAGGUUAUCCUGCCUUACCUGAAAGAGACCCUCCGUCAUGAACAAUGGCCCCACCGCGAAGCUGCUGUGUUGACUCUCGGUGCCGUUGCGGAUGGAUGCAGUGAUGCAGUCACGCCACACCUCCCGGAACUCGUUCCCUACCUCAUUUCGUUGCUGGAAGACGCACAGCCUGUGGUGCGACAGAUCACUUGCUGGUGUCUUGGCCGGUACUCUGAGUGGGCAUCGCACCUGGAAGACCCUUCGCAAAGAGUCCAAUUCUUUGAGCCCAUGAUGGAAGGAAUCCUGCGCAGGAUGCUUGACAACAACAAGAAGGUGCAGGAGGCAGCUGCCUCUGCAUUUGCCAGUCUCGAAGAGAAGUCGGAUGCCAACCUGAUUCCCUACUGUGAACCUAUCCUCCGACAAUUUGUGCAGUGCUUCGGGAAGUACAAAUACCGCAACAUGUAUAUUCUCUACGACUGUGUCCAGACAUUGGCGGAGUGUGUUAUGGGAGAGUUGGCUAAGCCCAACCUGGUGGACAUCCUCAUGCCUGCUCUUAUAGAUCGCUACAACAAGGUUUCAGAUCUGUCCCGGGAACUCUUCCCGUUGCUGGAGUGUCUGGGUUACAUUGCUGGCGCGUACGGUGAUGCUUUUGCGCCGUUUGCGCCCCCGCUUUUCCAGAGGUGCAUCAAGAUCAUUUACGAGAAUCUGCAGGAAUACGUGGCGUCUGUCAACAACCAAGCCAUUGACGAACCAGACAAGGACUUCUUGGUUACCAGCUUGGAUCUCCUGAGUGCCAUCAUCCAAGCUAUCGAUCCUCAGAAGAGCAGCGAACUGGUUGCCAACUCGCAGCCGCGGUUCUUCGACCUCCUCUGCUUCUGUCUAGAGGAUCCCAACUACGAGGUUCGCCAGUCCUCAUAUGCACUGUUGGGUGACUGUGCGAUCAACAUUUUCCCACAACUCGAGCAGUUCAUUCCGAGCGUCAUGCCCAUCUUGAUCAAGCAGUUGGAUCUUGACCUGAUCAAGGAUGACGACCGCCACACCGGCUUCAGCGUGCUGAACAACGCCUGCUGGUCCUGCGGUGAAAUCGCAGUCAACGAAAAGGCACCUUUGUCGCCAUACGCUGACAAGCUGUACCAAGGACUGCUCGUGAUCAUCUCCAACGAAGAGAUAAUCGACUCUGUUAACGAGAACGCCGCAAUGGCUCUUGGACGAUUGGGAAUCUGCUGCUCAGACCAGCUCGCCCCGCGACUCGGGGAGUACGCGGGUCCGUACUUAAAAUCGAUGGCCAAGAUCGACUUUACGCGCGAAAAGGCAUCUGCCUUUUUGGGUUUCAACCAGGCAGUUAUGAAGAACCCGCAGGCGAUGGAGUCUUGUCUUGGUGAUUAUUUCCAGGCCAUUGCCUCGUUCCCUACCAAGACGCUUAACCAGGAAGACUACCGUGACAUUUUGACCUCGUUCCAACAGGUCCUGCAAGGCUACAAAAACAUGAUACCCAACUUCGACUCGUUCCUCGCGCAACUUUCGCCCCCUGCUGUUCAAAAACUUCGUACUGUAUACCAGAUUUAG